AAAAUAAAAUGCUGGUUAUUCUGUCUCCUUCGAAAUGGACCACCUCUACAACCAAACCAACAAAUUAAUCCAGGACUCUUUUCAAGUACUGGAAAAGAGCUCUCUGGUCACUCAAGAAACGGAAGAUGAAAUUCAAGAAAAAAUAAAUUUGAUUAGCAGCAAUUGCGCAAAGUUAGAGCUGCAAGUGUUCAAAUUGCCGAUAGAUCGCAGGCAAAAUGCAAAAUUGCGUAGCGACCAAUUAAAGUAUGAUUGCAAACAUCUGCAGGCCGCGCUAGCGGCUGUGAAAAAGAAACGGGAACGCAGGAAGCUUGCCGAGACCGAACGCGAGCAGCUGCUUAACCGGCGUUUCGGCCCGGAACAAGAUUUAAUUGCCAUUAACAUGGAUCACUCAAUACAGCAUCAGACUUCUCUGCAAAGUUCAAACAGAGGCGUUGAUGAAAUGUUAUUUACCGGGACGAACACACUAGAGUCUUUACGAUCACAGAGAAUGACCCUCAAAGGGGCUCAGAGAAGAAUCAUGGAUAUGGCCAAUACACUUGGUCUAUCUAACCACACGAUGAGGUUGAUUGAGAAAAGGGUGUCAGAAGACAAAGUUGUUUUUGUACUGGGGGUGGUCAUUACUUUGACUGUUAUAGUGCUUAUUAUUAUUUAUUUCACCUAGAAUUUUUGAUGGAAAUAACUUCCAAACUAAACUAUCA